AUGGUCCAGCACACCAUCGCCCUGAUCCCCCAGACCCCGGAUCAGACCACCAAGCUGGCCCUGAUCGACACCCUGAUCGCCAUCACCGACGGGCGCAUCUACGUGGAGGUGGAGCGCGCACAGCUGGCCCGGCUGCUGGCGGCCAUCCGCGAGGCCUCCGGCGACAUCCCCGAGGCGGCGGACAUCCUGCAGGCCCUGCAGGUGGAGACCUUCGGGUCGCUGUCGCGCACCGACAAGAUCGACUUCAUCCUGGAGCAGGUCCGCCUGCUGGCCGCCAAGGGGGACUACAUCCGGGCCGGGCUGGCCAUCCGCAAGAUCAGCCCUCGGACCUUCGACCGCAAGGCCUCGGCCAAGCAGAAGAAGGAUCGCCUGUCCUCGGAACAGGCUGCCGCCCGGGUGGAGGCCGCCAUCAUGACCGACCUGAAGCUGCGCUACCUGCAGCUGCAGAUUGUCCUGGCCAUGCAUGACGAGAAGUUCCUCGAUGUGUGCCGCUUCUUCCGGCAGAUCUACGACACGGUGCAGCACCGGGCCGCCCAGCGGGCCCAGGGGCUCCUGCCGGCCGAGGCCAUUUCCGGCGGCGAUGUGGAGAUGACCCCGGCCCCGGGCCCGGGUGGCGCCGGCGCCUCGGAGGAGGCGGCCCUUGCCGGCGGGGCGAAGGCCCUGGAGCCGUCGCUCGACCCGUCGCACGUGGCCGUCUCCCAGCUGAAGCCCACUCGCACCAGCGCCGAGGAUGAUGACCAGCAGUGGCGCCAGGCCCUGGCCAACAUGGUGGUCUUCGCCACCCUGGCCCCCUUCGACCAUGAGCAGAGCGACAUGCUGCACCGGGUAGCGGCCGAGCGCCGGCUUUCCGAGCUCCCCCACUCGCCGGACAUCAUCCAGGCCUUCACCUCCUCGGAGUUGAUUGUCUGGUCGCAAUUCGCCUCCAAGUUCGGUGAGUACCUGUCCGACCAGCACCGCUUCGGCAAGGAGGCCAAGUUCAAGCUGGCCGAUAAAACCGAGGUCGUUUUGGCCAAGCUCGUGGCCAACGGCACGGUCAGCGCGCGCAUCGACCGCCCGGCCAAGCUGGUGAAGUUCUCCCCGGCCGCCACGUCGGUCAACAAGGGCCCGAAGGGGACGGCGCCGGCCGCCGCCGCCGCCGCCACCACCACGAGCACCAAGGCCGAUGGCGCCAAGCAGCCCGCUGCGCCCCGGGUGAGCGCCGCCCACUCGACCCUCAACACUUGGUCCAAGAAUGUGGAGACCCUGCUCUCGCGCGUGGAGGAAACCGUCCACCUCAUCGAGAAGGAGAACAUGCUCCUGGAGUCCAAAGAGUGA